UCUGCGCCCUGCAUCCCGGCUCGCUCAUUCUCUCGCCCUCUCGCCUCCCCUGCGGUCUCUCGCUCGGCGCGCACACACCGCACACACGCACACGCGCACACACACACACACACGCGCGCAUACACGCAGCCGGCACAGGCGGCGGCGGCGGCGGCGGCGGCGGCUGCCGGAGUCAGGACGAACCUCUCUAGGUACCGUCUUGAGAAGGCGGCAGCAACGGCGGCGACGGUGGCAGCCCGAGCAUCCCUGCUCAGCCGGAGAGGGAGCAACGCCGAGAGUUCCCGUCCCCUCGGCCAUUCCCUUCCCCCCUCCUUUUCUUUAUUUGCGAGAGAAUUUCAGCUGCCUUAUUGAUUUCGUUUGAUUUGGAAACAUUUUUGGUUGCUUUUGUGUGUGUGUCCUUUUUUUUUCUUUCCUCGUUUUAUUUGCAUCCAGAGCAUGGCGGGCUGCGGGCUGUCGGAAGACACCUUCCUCUCCUCCUUCUUUUACAACUACGGCUCCUCCUGGGAAACCCCUUCCAACCAGGUUUUUUGCGAAAAUCAGUGAACUAAUAUUGGUAAAAUUGGAGCCCCAUGGAUGAAGGGUACUUUUGUGCUGCUCUGGUUGGUGAGGACCAGCCUCUUUGCCCAGAUCUUCCCGAACUUGACCUUUCUGAACUUGAUGUGAACGACUUGGACACAGACAGCUUUCUGGGUGGACUGAAGUGGUGCAGUGACCAAUCAGAAAUCAUAUCCAACCAGUACAACAAUGAGCCUGCGAACAUAUUUGAGAAGAUAGAUGAAGAGAAUGAGGCAAACUUGCUAGCAGUCCUCACAGAGACCCUGGACAGUCUCCCCGUGGAUGAAGACGGAUUGCCCUCAUUUGAUGCCCUGACAGAUGGAGACGUGACCACCGACAACGAGGCCAGUCCUUCCUCCAUGCCUGACGGCACCCCUCCACCUCAGGAGGCAGAAGAGCCGUCUCUACUUAAGAAGCUCUUACUGGCACCAGCCAACACUCAGCUCAGCUACAAUGAAUGCAGCGGUCUUAGCACUCAGAACCAUGCAAACCACAACCACAGGAUCAGAACAAGCCCUGCAGUUGUUAAGACCGAGAAUUCAUGGGGCAAUAAAGCAAAGAGCAUUUGUCAACAACAAAAGCCACAAAGACGUCCCUGCUCAGAGCUUCUCAAGUAUCUGACCACAAGCGAUGACCCUCCUCACACCAAACCCACAGAGAACAGGAACAGCAGCAGAGACAAAUGCGCCUCCAAAAAGAAGUCCCAUACACAACCACAGUCGCAACAUGCUCAAGCCAAACCAACAACUUUAUCUCUUCCUCUGACCCCAGAGUCACCAAAUGACCCCAAGGGUUCCCCAUUUGAGAACAAGACUAUUGAACGAACCUUAAGUGUGGAACUCUCUGGAACUGCAGGCCUAACUCCACCCACAACUCCUCCUCAUAAAGCCAACCAAGAUAACCCUUUCAAGGCUUCUCCAAAGCUGAAGCCCUCUUGCAAGACCGUGGUGCCACCACCAUCAAAGAGGGCCCGGUACAGUGAAUAUUCUGGUACCCAAGGCAGCCAAUCUACCAAGAAAGGGCCGGAGCAAUCUGAGUUGUAUGCACAACUCAGCAAGUCCUCAGUGCUCAGCCGGGGACACGAGGAAAGGAAGACUAAACGGCCCAGUCUACGGCUGUUUGGUGACCAUGACUACUGUCAGUCAAUCAAUUCAAAAACGGAUAUACUCAUUAACUUAUCACAGGAGCUCCAAGACUCUAGACAACUAGACUACAAAGAUGCCUCCUGUGACUGGCAGGGGCACAUCUGCUCUUCCACAGAUUCAGGCCAGUGCUACCUGAGAGAGACUUUGGAGGCCAACAAGCAAGUCUCUCCCUGCAGCACCAGAAAACAGCUCCAAGACCAGGAAAUCCGAGCUGAGCUGAACAAGCACUUCGGUCAUCCCAGUCAAGCUGUUUUUGAUGACAAACCAGACAAGACCAGUGAACUAAGGGAUGGCGACUUCAGUAAUGAACAAUUCUCCAAACUACCUGUAUUUAUAAAUUCAGGACUAGCCAUGGAUGGCCUAUUUGAUGACAGUGAAGAUGAAAAUGAUAAACUGAAAUACCCCUGGGAUGGCACGCAGUCCUACUCAUUGUUUGAUGUGUCGCCUUCUUGCUCUUCUUUUAACUCUCCGUGUCGAGAUUCAGUGUCACCACCCAAAUCCUUACUUUCUCAAAGACCCCAAAGGAUGCGCUCUCGUUCAAGAUCCUUUUCUCGACACAGAUCGUGUUCCCGAUCACCAUAUUCCAGGUCAAGAUCAAGGUCCCCUGGCAGUAGAUCCUCUUCAAGAUCCUGCUACUACUAUGAAUCAAGUCACUACAGACACCGCACACACCGCAAUUCUCCCUUGUAUGUGAGAUCUCGUUCAAGGUCACCCUACAGCCGUAGGCCCAGGUAUGACAGCUAUGAAACGUAUCAGCAUGAAAGGCUGAAGAGGGAUGAAUACCGCAGAGAGUAUGAGAAACGGGAAUCUGAAAGGGCCAGACAGAGGGAGAGGCAGAAGCAGAAAGCAAUUGAAGAACGCCGUGUGAUUUACGUUGGUAAAAUCCGACCUGACACAACGCGGACGGAACUGAGAGACCGCUUUGAAGUUUUUGGUGAAAUUGAGGAAUGCACAGUAAAUCUGCGGGAUGAUGGAGACAGCUAUGGUUUCAUCACCUACCGUUACACCUGUGAUGCGUUUGCUGCUCUUGAGAAUGGAUAUACUUUACGCAGGUCAAAUGAAACUGACUUUGAGCUGUACUUUUGUGGACGGAAGCAAUUUUUCAAGUCUAACUAUGCAGACCUAGAUUCAAAUUCAGAUGACUUUGACCCUGCUUCCACCAAGAGCAAGUACGACUCUCUGGAUUUUGAUAGUUUACUGAAAGAAGCUCAGAGAAGCUUACGCAGGUAACAUGUUCCCUGCCUGAGGAUGACAGAGAGAUGGUCAAUACCUCAAGGGACAGCGUGUCCUUUCCCAAGACUCUUGCAAGUCAUACUUAGGAAUUUCUCCUACUUUACACUCUCUGUACAAAAAAAAUAAGGCAAAACAACAGCAACCAUACUAGAACAAGAACAACAACGGUUUACAUGAACACAGCUGCUGAAGAGGCAAGAGAUGGAAUGAUAAUCCAGUAAGCACACGUUUAUUCAUGGGUGUCAGCUUUGCUUUCCCUGGAGGCUCUUGGUGACAGUGUGUGUAUGUGUGUGUGUCUGUGUGUGUGUGUGUGUGCACGUCCGUGUGCAUGUAGUUGUUUGGAAAGAACAUGUGUGCUCAUGUGAGGACUUGGGGGCAGACCUGACCAGAAUGAAAAGGGCAAACCCCUUCAAAUGGCAGCAUUUCCAUGAAGACACACUUAAAACCUAGAACUUCAAAAUGUUCAUAUUCUAUACAAAAGGAAAAUAAAUAUAUAUAAAUUAAAAGGAAAGAAAACUCACAAACCACCCUAAAAUGACACUGCUGAUGUCUGCCAUCAGCCUCCGGUACUGUCUUUUCAGAAAGUGCAAAACCAACCUGCAGCAAGCCCUCUCUCUCUUAACAUAAUGAUUAUGUGACAAUCCUGAAGACACUACAGGUUCCAUAGAACUAAUGUUCUCUCUUUUCUCUGUCUCUCUCUCUAUCUCUCUCUGUCUCUCUUUGUAUCUCUCUCUCUCCUUCCCUCUCUCUUUCUUUUUGCCAUGGAAUCUGGGUGGGAGAGGAUACUGCAGGCACCAGAUGCUAAACUUUCCUAACAUUUUGAAGUUUCUGUAGUUCGUCCUUUGUCCUGACACCUAUGUAUAUGUCCAAAAUGUUGAUCUUCCACUGCAAAUUUUGAAAAGCCUUGUCAUUGGUCAAGCGGGGAGUGUGUUCGGCGGUUCCUUCUAAGGAGCAGACGUAGUGUUACAUGACUACUGAGAAUUAAGUAGAACUCUCUGGAUGUGUUCAGAUAGUGUAAUUGCUACAUUCUCUGAUGUAGUUCAGUAUUUACAGAUGUUAAAUGGAGUAUUUUUAUUUUAUGUACAUACUCUACAACUAUGUUCUUUUUUGUUACAGCUAUGCACUGUAAAUGCAGCCUUCUUUUCAAAACUGCUAAAUUUUUUCUUAAUCAAGAAUAUUCAAAUGUAAUUAUGAGGUGAAACAAUUAUUGUACACUAACAUAUUUAGAAGCUAAACUUACUGCUUAUAUAUAUUUGAUUGUAAAAAAACAAAACAAAACAAAAGACAGUGUGUGUGUGUGUGUGUGUCCGUUGAGUGCAACUACAACAAAAUGACGCUUCACGCACAUCCAUUCCUUCUUAGGAGCUUCGAUCUAAGCAUCUUGUCAACAAAAACAAAAAUCCUAGGCCCCUAAAGGUAUUAGCCACUUCUGCGAUAUUUUUCCACAUUUUCUCGUUGCUUGUUUUUCUUUGAAGUUUUAUACACUGGAUUUGUUAGGGGAAUGAAAUUUUCUCAUCUAAAAUUUUUCUAGACAAUAUCAUGAUUUUAUGUAAAGUCUCUCAAUGGGGAACCAUUCAGAAAUGUUUUUAUUUUCUCUAUCAACAGUAGUUUUGAAACUAGAGGUCAAAAAAAUCUUUUUAAAAUGCUGUUUUGUUUUAAUUUUUGUGAUUUUAAUUUGAUACAAAAUGCUGAGGUAAUAAUUACAGUAUGAUUUUUACAAUAAUUAAUGUGUGUCCGCAGACUAUCUUUGAAGCCAGUAUCUCUUUCCCUUGGCAGAGUAUGAUGAUGGUAUUUAAUCUGUAUUUUUUACAGUUAUACAUCCUGUAUAAAUACUGAUGUUUCAUUCCUUUGUUUACUAAAGAGACAUAUUUAUCAGUUGCAGAUAGCCUAUUUAUUAUAAAUUAUGAAAUGAUGAAAAUAAUAAGGCCAGUGGAGACUUUCUACCCAGGGUGCAUGAUGGUUGUCAGGUUGGAGUGUAAGUUCUUCAUUUGGGAAACUCAGCUCUCGCAGAAGCAGUGUUUCUUCUCUCACUAGCAUGGCCUCUGACAUGACCAUGAUGUUGUUCGUGGUGACAUUGCUUCUGCUAAAUUUAAUGAUAAUAAUAAUAAAUGUCAGAAAAAACCUCCAUUUUGAGCAUCAGGAUUUCAUCUAAGUGUGGAGUUGAUGCCAUGGAAGUCACUAAAGUUUGGAGUAUGUUUUUGAUUUCCAAAUUGAAACGCGUUUACUGUUUGGCUGAUGUGACUUUUCUGGAAGAUGUGAUAGACCUACUACUUACUUAAUUGUUCUUUUCCUUUCUCUCACCCAACACGAUCUUACAAAAUGGGUUUCACCCCCAGGCCAAUGCAGCUAAUUUUGACGGCUGCAUUCAUUUAUCACCAGCAUAUUGUGUUCCGAGUGAAUCCACUGUCUGUCCUGUUGGAUGCUUGCUCAAGUGUUUGGCUUAUUAUUUCUAAGUAGAUAGAAAGCAAUAAAUAACUAUGAAAUAAAAGAAUUGUGUUCACAGGUUCUGCGUUACAACAGUAACACAUCUUUAAUCCGCCUAAUUCUUGUUCUGUAGGUUCAAUGCAGGUAUUUUAACUCUUUGUGAACGCCAAACUAAAGUUUACAGUCUUUCUUUCUGAAUUUUGAGUAUCUUCUGUUGUAGAAUAAUAAUAAAAAGACUAUUAAGAGCAAUAAAUUAUUUUUAAGAAAUCAAUAUUUAGUAAAUCCUGUUAUGUGUUUAAGGACCAGACGCGUUCUCUAUUUUGCCUUUAAAUUUUUGUGAUCCAACUUUAAAUACGUUCUCUGUUUGCUCUGGGUCAUGGACAUGACUGAAAUACAUGGUUUCUUUUCUUACUUGUCAAAAGACAACACUACGGAUUUCAUGUUUUGGAUUCAUUGAUCUCCCUCACCCUCUGGCCUGACCAAUCUUGUUACCAUGAAGAUAGUUUUCCUCCAUGGACUUCAAAUUGCAUCUAAAAUUAGUGAAGCUUUUGUAUCUUAUGCAGACACUGUGGGUAGCCCAUCAAAAUAUAAGCUAUAAGCUGUGUUCCUUUAUUUUCAUUUUUUUCUUUUACUUCUUUUGGUAAAGAAUAUUUCCAACAAUCACAUGCACCCCAACAUCAUGGGAGGCAAAUUUCAGCAUAGAUCUAUAAGACUUUCAGAUGACCAUGGGCCAUUGCCUUCACGCUGUGGUAAGUACUACAUCUACAAUUUCGGUACCCGAACUGGUGCUUUAGAAAUGUGGGGUUUUUAUUUAAAAAAAAAAGAAAUGUAGCAGAAAAAUUCUUUCCGUGCAGCAAAAUCAGUUUUUGUAAAGGACUCUGAGAAAGACAGUUGGGCUGUCAACACUUAAAGCAGCAGAGCGGGAACUUGGCACUAUUGGGGUAAAGUGUUUGGGUCAGUUGAAAAAAAAGGAAACCUUUUCAUGCCUUUAGAUGUGAGCUAACAGUAGGUAAUGAUCAUGUGUCCUUUUUUGGAUGGCUGUACCGAGAACUUCAAUCACUGUAGUCUAAGAUCUGUUCUAUAGAUGACCUAGAAUAGCCAUGUAAUAUAAUGUGACGAUUCUAAAUUUGUACCUAUGUGACAGACAUAUUCAAUAAUGUGAAAACUGCUGAUUUGAUGGGGCUACAUUAAGAUUUGUAGGUGAAAGUGUAAUACUGUUGGUUGAACUAUGCUGAAGAGGGAAAGUGAGCGAUUAGUUUGAGCCCUUGCUGGCUCUUUUCCACCUGCCAAUUCUACAUGUAUUGUUGUGGUUUUAUUCAUUGUAUGAAAAUUCCUGUGAUUUUUUUUAAAUGUGCAGUACACAUCAGCCUCACUGAGCUAAUAAAGGGAAACGAAUGUUUCAAAUCUA